UCAAAUAUUUAGGUACACUUAAAUACUUUCUUUAUAGCUUACAUAUUUUAUAUUUAAUUAGAAGAACGCUCAAAAUUAACCAAAAAAGGUUGCAAGUUAUACCACUAACCUGAUCUACUAACUAAUUCCAAGAAAGAACCAGAAAAAUCCCAGAUGAGUGCCUUGAUGCAGCUUCUUCGCAGUUACUUCCCCAAAUGGUGUCUUCCCCGCUCGGAUCGUCAGUUGCAGAAGCACCUGCAGCACCAUAUUUUCCGGCAGCUACAGACCAACCAACUAACCAAUGUCUUGGUGGACAUCAAACCCAGUGAACAGGUGCUGCCCAAGUGCAGGUUCAUGCAGUAUCGAAGGAUGAAUGAUCAUGUAAAGCGUUUGGGCAUGGUCUCUGAGGAUGGGAACAAGAUGGUGGAGCUAUCGAGCAUCACGUGUGCUGCUUCCAAUAUGAUGGACUUCAUCCAGCAGAGGUACUGCAUGGAUAGUCUGCUGGACAGUGUGCAAUAUAUGACGGUUCAGGAUGUGGAUGCAGUGGAUCUGCAUCUUCUGCCGCCCAUCGAUAAUCCCGGGAAGAUCAUCGGUAUCGAUUGCAACUAUGUGGACAACUGCGAUGAGCAGCACAUCUCCAUACCAAAAGAACCAAGCUUCCAUGUCAAGUUUGCUAAUUCGAUUACUGGAGCUUUGGACAACAUUAGGUCUCAUAAUCUGGCAAGGCAUAUUGACUAUGGCUGCCAGUUGGCCGUGGUUAUUGGCAAAAAGUGCCGGGAUGUAACUAAGAAGGAGGCUUUCAAUUACGUUUUUGGAUUCAUGGUGGUCCAGGACAUUCUGGCUCGUGAUCGGUCUGCCGUUCUUGGUGGUCAUCCAAUGGAUACGUUUCUUCCUUUGGGUCCAACCAUCGUACACAGAUGCCAUAUACCGGAUAUUAACAAUCUGUGGAUCAAGACGAUCGUCAAUGGGGAGCAACGUCAGACGGGCAAUACGAAAAAUAUGAUAUUCAAGGUCGACUUCCUUAUACACCGCCUAUCCCAAUAUAUAACUCUCUGUCCGGGUGACAUUAUACUAACGGGUACUCCCGCCGGAGCGGGUGCCUAUCGUCAGCCGUCUAGCUUUUUGAAGCCCGGCGAUCUUAUUGAGAGCGAAAUUCAAAAUUUAGGCAAAAUGUGCAAUAAAGUCGUUAAUUCCUAUUCUUAAA